CGAAAUCUUAUCAAACGGGUUUGUUGCGAAAAAAAAGGAACCCUCAGUAUAUUCAAGAUUCCCACCUUAUAGCAACAAUACAAGUCCAUUGACGCAACAGCACCCAAUCUCACCGUGACCUUCCUAUAAGCUCCGAUCAACCGAAACCCUACCUACCAGUACCUAUAUAUAUAUAUAUAUCAGCAUCGAAUGGACUCCAUCCCCAGGAUCCUCUCCAGGACUUUCCUCCACCUCAGGACAGCUACUCUCCAAUUAUCCUGUAGAGGAAUCACCCCACUCUCUAUCUUACCUGCCCAACGCACCAUGUCAACAUCAAUCGAACAAAAGCUGGACGUUCUACGGAACUACUCUGCAUGUGACGUAUCAGAUGCGUUACUCAAACUACAAAAACUCCCCGAGGGUACCACAGCUCGUGCUGGCCAUAUAGCUGAUUUCGUCCCAUUCUCACCAACCAUCGGCCGAAAUGAAAACGCCCCCAAAGUCAUCGCCCCCGCUUCAACAUUCAAGUUCAUCCCCAAAUCAGACCCCGCCCCGACUACUGAGUCGGUAGAGGCCCAUGGCUUCCCCGCGGGGUCGCACUGGGUCGACUUUGCAGAGCCAGGAACCGUGGCUGUGAUUGAGCAGCCUGAGGGGCAACACUGUGCCGUCCUGGGUGGGAUUAUGGCGGUUCGGAUGAAGUAUCUCGGGGUCAAGGGGGCCUUGGUGAACGGGCGCGUGCGAGAUCUAAGUGAGGUCAGGGAGUGUCAGCUCCCGGUCUGGGCUCGUGCCACUUCUACGGUUGGAACCGCCGCGGAGGCUAAACCGGGGGCUCGGAAUGUGCCUGUUUCCCUUGGUGGUGUGACUGUGUCUCCGGGUGAUAUCAUUUUCUGCGAUCCCUUGGAAGGCGUGGUUGCUAUUCCACGCGAGCUCCUUGAUCAAGUGCUCGAUCUGAUGCCUAAAUUGGUUGCGAUGGAUGAUAAAGUCAAGGAGGCUGUGCUUCGGGGGUCAAAUGUCUUUGAUGCCUUCAAGAAAUUCAGAACUAAAAUCUAGUGAAUUGCUCUGGCCUGGCAGGAGGUAUCCUACAGCGUUUUCGUCUACAUGAGAUAUGGAAGGCUUGUUUUCAUAGUUGAACCGCGGUCUUUUAACCAAUCCGAAACUCAAUCUUCAU